GCUAACAGUCCAAACUGAUUGGUAUCUGGAUCUCGGAGGAAGGCAACAACCUCCCUCUACGAUCUCUUCUUUUCUCUUCGAUUUUCUUCGGAAAAGGAUCGUCGAAUAGAUAACGGAAAAAUCGCGAGAAGAACGAGGAAAACGUAGCGUGGCCACGAGAAAUUUCCGGUUGACGUCCCGGAAACGAUCGCGGCUCUCCCGGCUAAAUUAAAAGCCGGGACGAAAGGAAGAGAUACGGGGCGGAAAGAAAGAGUGUGUAGUUAUGUGCUAGUGAGAAUCGAGAAAGAACGUACCCCAACCAGGCAUAGAGAACUCGAGUCGCGAUGACCAACAGCAUGAAGCAAACAGUUAUUAAAAACCCGACAUGGUGGAAGAGGCGGUCCGGUUUGGAACGCGGAUUAACGGUGAUAGCGGUUUCCGGGUUUCUCUUGUGCAUCGCUUUGGCGGUCGCCCUCGGAAUUUUGGCGGCUAACACGACAUGCAACACCACAUCCAAGACCGAUACUGUUAACGAGAUGCUACCAUCCACAGCCGAGGCGUUAAGCGGUUCGGAAUCAUCAAAGAACAUGAUAUCAAAGAAAACGAAAUGCGACGAUACAUGUUUAACACCUGGAUGCGUUCACACAGCCGCUAAAAUACUGAAAAACAUGGAUCCUGAUGUGGAGCCCUGUGAUGACUUUUACAAAUUCGCCUGCGGUGGCUUCCUCGAAUCAACGAACAUUCCUGACGAUAAAACUAGCGUGAAUACAUUCUCUAUUAUCGUUGACAACCUCGAGGAACAACUACGAUCCAGUAUCGAGCAGGAGAGCCCUCCGAACGAGCCGAAACCAUUUAAACUCGCCAAAGACUUCUACAAGGCCUGCAUGAACAAAACCGCUAUCGAGGAGAAAGGCUUGACACCAUUACUGAACAACCUAAGGAAACUCGGUGGCUGGCCCGUUCUGGACGGCGAGAGAUGGAACGAGGGUGACUUUACGUGGAAAGAUUCUGUCUACAGAUUCCGCAGACUGGGCUAUUCCGUUGAUUACUUCAUCGAUUUCGGCGUCAGUGUCGACUUGAAGAACAACUCGAGACGUUUGCUCGACCUUGAUCAAGCAGCGCUCGGUCUCUCGCGUGAAUAUCUGUCAAAAGGCUUCAACGAGAAAAUCGUUCAGGCAUAUUACAAAUACAUGGUGGACAUCGCUGUAAUUCUCGGUGCCGAUCCAGACCGAGCCCGCAGAGAACUAAAAGAAUCGCUUGAAUUUGAAAUCAAGCUCGCGAAUAUCUCCCUGCCCAAUGAGAAACGACGCAACGUGACUCUCCUCUACAAUCCCAUGACUGUGAAUGAGCUGUCCGCGGCCUAUCCUAGCAUACCGUGGUGGGAAUACUUCAACACCAUCCUCGCGCCGCAAGCACAACUAAGUCGGGACGAGAUAGUAAUCGUAAAUGUGCCCAGCUAUCUAAAGGACUUUGAACAACUGAUCACCAUGACGCCGAAGAGGGUGCAGGCAAACUAUGCGUUUUGGAGAGCGGCUGCUGCGUCAGUCAGCUAUUUGACGGAUGACAUCCGGAAGAGACAACUAAAAUAUACAGUGGAGUUAAACGGCAAGACAGAGAGAGAGCCGAGAUGGAAAGAAUGCGUGGAUAUCGUUUCCAGCAGCAUGGCAAUUAGCGUCGGCUCGAUGUACGUGAGGAAGUACUUUAAGGAGGACGCGAAGAACACCGCGCUCGAAAUGGUCGAUGAUAUCAGGCAGGAGUUCACGAAGAUUUUAAAGAAGGUGGACUGGAUGGAUGAGAAGACCAGAACAAACGCUUUAGAAAAAGCAGCCGGCAUGACUUCCCAUAUUGCCUAUCCAAAUGAACUGUUGGACGACAGAAAGCUCGAGAAAUUUUAUGAAGGACUUGAGUUAAGUGCUGACGACUAUAUAGGAAGCAUUUUUAACUUAUCCAUUUUUGGAACAAAUUUCUCAUUUGGUAGACUGAGAAAGCCAGUGAAUAAGACGGAAUGGAUAAGUCAUGGAAGGCCGGCUGUCGUCAAUGCGUUUUACUCGUCGAUCGAAAACAGUAUUCAAUUCCCCGCGGGUAUAUUGCAAGGUGCAUUCUUCAACAAUGACCGGCCACGCUACAUGAAUUACGGUGCCAUCGGAUUUGUCAUUGGCCAUGAGAUCACUCACGGUUUUGACGAUCAAGGUAGACAAUUUAACAAGGAAGGUAAUCUCGUGGACUGGUGGGAGACAGAGACGAAAAAGCGUUAUCUCAAGAGGGCCGAAUGUAUAAUUCAUCAGUAUGGAAAUUAUACCGUGAAAGACGUUGGAUUGAACUUGAACGGAAUAAACACCCAGGGUGAGAACAUCGCGGACAACGGUGGCAUAAAGGAGGCCUAUUACGCGUAUAGAGAAUGGGUCAAACGAAACAAGCCGGAGCAGAGACUGCCGGGUUUGCCGUUCAGCCCGGAACAGAUGUUCUGGAUAAGCGCGGCCAAUUCUUGGUGCAGCAAGUAUCGACCGGAAGCGAUGAAGCUGCGAAUUACGACAGGCUUCCACAGCCCGGGCGAAUUCCGCGUCCGUGGACCGCUGUCGAAUAUGGAGGAGUUUUCGCGCGACUUUAAUUGCCCGGUCGGCUCCAGGAUGAACCCCGAGAAGAAAUGCACCGUGUGGUAGAACUCAGGUGUCGGCGAAGUACACCGCGAACGACACUGACCGACUCCGUUUUUUUUAACCUUAGAAGUUACAAUUUUGCAUGCCUGUUACUUCGUUGAAACGAUCAAUUUUAUUCUUAGCGGCUCAACACUAAAGAGACUUACAGCCGGAAUGAAUGCCUGAUUUUCUGCUUCAUAAGAGACAGGAUUGGGUCUCGCGGCUACAAAACUGUUUUAUCUUAUUUAUGAAAUUAAGUGAUUUAUUUCUUUUUUUAUUUCUACCAUUUCCGAGUAUUUAUACUAUACUAUCGCUUCUGAGGUUAAUAAUGAAUGCAAUGGAGUCGUCGAUCUCAUACUAGCAGGAUACGGAGGUAAUGUGUUUCCCUCUUACAGUAUCCUGCCGUACGACAUUGCCGCAGCGGAAAAAAAGUAUUUGUCAGUGACGCUGCUCGAAAGCAAGAACUGAAAUUUCGCGAUAAUAACGAGCAUGGAAAUGGGGAGCGCUCUCCACUGGGAAAUCCAGGGAGAUCGACUCGACCCGCGCGAUCUUAGACAUGUUGGGAUAUACGCAUACAUUAUGUAUCAUUUUGGUAAAUUUUUAUAAGGAGAAACAUGUCGCGGGACGCGCGUCAAGUGUAAAUAGAAUGAAAAUGAAAAAGGAAAUUAAUUGGUUAAACGGAGUUAAAUUGCUUAACUGUUUUAAACGAGGCAUUACUGAUUCUUGUGCCAAUGACAAUGUUUGUCAAAGGUUUUAGAUCAUUACAGGGAAAAUUAAGUUAAAUUGUGCUCUAAUGUAGUUUCUAGUUCGAGGAUUUUCAUUGUUGACACGUAUGAUAAAAAAAUGUUGGCAGCUUUGUUAAGAAUUCGCUUUUUAUCCUUUUUUAUUGUUGACGACUUUGUUAAGUCUCGCUUUUUAAAGUAAAAAUUUUUAAGUAUUCUGUUGACGCGGAGAUGAAUAAUAAUGGUGCACACUAUAUAGGAUAAUUCGCAAAAUCAGCAACGAGAAAGAAACGUGAAUAGAGCGGCAUGAAUAUUCUUCGAUAAAUUUGAUAGCUUUGUUUUUAAUGAAGAUAUUGGAAGCUAUCGUUUGUUGCAACUAUUUUAUGUUGAGUAUUAUUUUGUAGUAUUAUCAAGUAGCAAUUAAAUCGCAAGUUAAAUUUACAGUAAAACGAAAUCCACUUAAUGUAAUAAUUAAACUACGCUAAAAAAAAAUCAAGGUGUCCACAGUUUCUCCCUUGAAAGAUUCACUGGGAGCAUCGUGACGUCAAGUAGCAUUAAAACGAUUCGUAAUUGUCAUCUAAAUUAUCAGAUGCAAAAAAAAAUAUACGAUUCUCAAUAUUCUUAGGACCUACAUCUCGUAUAUAUAGUCGUACAUUUAUCGGUGUGUCUGCGAAUUCCGAUAAUUUAGUGCGAUAAUUUUUAUUCUUUGUCGAUCGUAAGAUUGUUAGUCGUAGAGAAUUAAAAGAUUACUUAGAACAACUUGUUACAAGUAUUAAGCGUAGCUAUUUAAUCGCGAGCGAUUCAACCGCGACUUUCGCAAUUGCUUUCCACCGUGUUAUCCCUUACAUCCGCAUACACAUAUUACAUUUUUACCUUGCGCCAUAUCUCCCUCUCCCUCUUUCCAACCUCCUCCCUUAGACGCACUUCUCGUAUUUAUUACGGAUGGCCGAUAAGUUAAUCAUCGAGUUAAUCGCCAUAAGUUUAAGCAAAAACGUAUGUACCUUAAGGUAUUUUUUGUUGAAUGUAAGAAUUUAAUACAGGAAAACUUCACGUAAA